CAUCACCAGUCGCGCAUCGCCCACUGUCCCAUCCAUAUCUGCACACUGCUCGGUGAUGGGCGGCGUUCGCAGACGACGGCACGUGUGACCAUGGUCAAAUUCUACAGCAACAGUUAUACCUACGACUACGGCUUCAGCGCCGUCUCCCUCGCAUACUUCUUGCGAUAUCCCAACCCCUACUCGCGCCAUGUCGCAUCGACCGACACGAUCGAGCGUCACUUUGACCCCGAGACUGGCCGCCUGACGACGGUUCGAUUGCACUUGAAGCGUAGCCGGCUACCCACGGCUGUGCUCAAGCUUCUGCCAAAGAGCGCACUGGGAGCGAACGACGAUGGCAGCACGCAGAGCUUCAUCUUGGAGAAAAGCGUGAUCGAUGUAAAGGAGGGGUGGAUGGCUACCGACAGCCGCAACCUGGAUUGGAACAAUGUGCUCUCAGUCAUUGAGAAGCAUACUUAUCGCAGGCCGGAACCGCUUUCCGCCACCGGGGCAAACGAGGAGCGCACCGAUGUCGAUGUGAGUGUGACACUGAAAAGUCGCAUUGGAGAGCAGAUCCGAAAGAGAAGAGAACGAUGGGGUCAGCAGGCGAGUGCGACAUCUGUGACAGGAGCAGGGGAUGAAGAACCUGUCAAGCCGGGCUUCUUCCAAAACUGGACUUCUGGAGCGGUGCGCACGGCCAUUGAAAGCAUCGGUAUGCAACGCACCGAAAAGAGCCAGCCCAAGGCACAGAAGGGUAUGUCAGUUGUCCUCGCCAGACUCCGCGAAGGAGGCGUACAGGCCGUCCUGGAAGGAAUGGCAAAGGAUCGCGAGCUUGCGGUAUAGCAUUGGUCCGUCUCGCACAACGUUCCCGAUCCGGACUUCAGCGACAAACAGUAGUCGCCGCGGCAAUGACCAACAGAACACAAAACGAAAAUGUACAAAUAUGAAAAGCGAUUUCUAGCGCAGGAGUUUGGUGGCGAGUACGGCAUAGGUGUAUUAUGACGAGCCCUUCACUUCACAUAGUGUCUCUUGAUACUCAUUAACGACUUGGGGAGGUGAGGAAAUGGUGGUGGAGGAGGAGGAGGCCGUGGCACGUUGAGACGGCAUUUUGUGUAUAUGAAGAGGCCCUAAGCCGAUGGAAGACCUCUCCACUACAAUCGUUACAAACGUCUCACCUUUCCUC